AUGGAUUUCAAAACCCAAGGAUCCUCCCUGAAGGUACUGGUAAUUGAGGAUUCUGAAUUUCAGAGUUGGUUUCUCCUGGCAAAGCUGCGAAGGUUCAGCUGCGAGACAACUCGGGCAAAGAACGGUAGAGAAGCUGUGGAUCUGUACCUCGAAGGCAAGAAAUUCGAUAUUAUUCUGUGUGACAAGGAGAUGCCCAUAAUGAAGGGACCGGAGGCAAUAGUAAAGAUCCGUUCUAUGGGAUCUACUGAGGUGAAGAUUGUUGGUAUGUCUGCUGAUUCUAAUGCCCCGGAGGAGUUCAUGAGUGCUGGGGCAGAUAUGUUUGUGCCCAAGCCAAUGGAUUUUGAGGUCCUCGAGGCUAUAAUCAAGGAGGUCAUUAACAAGAAGAACAAUGGCGUGUGUAGCUAG